CAUGGCCCAGUUGAGUUCCAAGCGUCGGUCACUGCAGUAGCCAUCUAGAAAUCGUGCGGAACCAGUCAGUCUAGGAAGUUGAAUCCGAUCCUAAACGAAACGAUCCGAUCCGACCUCGUCUUCGAAACUCACACCAGAAACUAGACAAAGGCACACGCAGAGUGCUUUUUGGAUAUAGCCGAUGUUGAUCACACUAUUAGGCACUCUGGCUGCUUUUCUCGCAUUCCUCUUGACACUGAUCUUUGGCCGCGGCCAGAAAAGAUUCAAGUCAGCAACAACAACAUCGGCCACGACAGCAACAACUAGCGACAGCGACAACAACGGCAACACCAAUCACAACUCCAGCGUGAUUGCAGCUACAGCAACAACAACAACAACUGGCAACCCUUCGGCGGCAACAGCAACAUCAACUACCAUCGCAGCACCAGCAGCGAUAAAAGCGGGUGAUAAGCGAUUUCCCAAGGCCAGUAUCAAGAAGGUCAAGUUCUCCAGCGAGAGCCUCAAGUCCGAGGUGGAUGAGCUGUGCGAACAGUUGAAGGAUAACGCACUAACCGACCUGAGCAACGACAACAUCCGCAUCACCUGCCAUCAGAACAACAACAAUAGCAUCAACAAGAACAAGAACAACAACAGCAUCGAGAUCAACAACAUUAGCAAGAUGAGCGAAACAAAUGAGUCCAAUGACACCGCCGCCCAGUCCGCGGAGGGCGAGAGGCCCAGCUUUCUGGUGGGCGAUGAGAUCGAUGAGAAGGCUGCCGAGGCGGGGGAGGCCUGCGACGAGUUCCCCCAGAAGAUGCAGAAUGAUAUUCGGCAGAAUGGCGACAUUUCCGAGCGGCGCAAGCGUUUAAGGCCGAGCAUGUCGCGUGGCACUGGACUUGGCCAGGAUCGCCAUCAGGAUCGUGACUUCCACAUCGCCACCACCGAGGAGUUCGUGAAGCGAUUCGGCGGCACCCGUGUCAUCAAUAGAGUCCUGAUUGCCAACAACGGAAUCGCAGCCGUCAAGUGCAUGCGUUCCAUCCGAAGAUGGGCAUACGAGAUGUUCAAGAACGAGCGGGCCAUCCGAUUUGUGGUGAUGGUCACGCCCGAGGAUCUGAAGGCGAAUGCCGAGUACAUCAAGAUGGCGGAUCACUAUGUGCCCGUGCCCGGCGGAUCUAACAACAACAACUACGCCAAUGUUGAGCUCAUUGUGGACAUUGCUCUUCGCACCCAAGUGCAGGCCGUCUGGGCUGGUUGGGGUCAUGCCUCCGAGAAUCCCAAGCUGCCGGAGCUGCUCAACAAGGAGGGUCUGGUGUUCCUUGGCCCACCGGAGCGUGCUAUGUGGGCGCUGGGCGACAAGGUGGCCUCAUCGAUUGUGGCCCAAACAGCCGAUAUCCCCACCCUACCCUGGUCCGGUUCGGACCUGAAGGCCCAAUACAGUGGCAAGAAGAUCAAGAUAUCCAGCGAGCUUUUCGGCCGCGGCUGUGUGACCAAUGUGGAGCAGGGUCUGGCCGCAGUGGCCAAGAUUGGCUUCCCUGUGAUGAUCAAGGCCUCGGAGGGAGGUGGUGGCAAGGGCAUUCGUCGCGUGGACACCACCGAGGAGUUCCCGGCGCUCUUCCGUCAGGUUCAGGCCGAGGUGCCCGGAUCACCGAUUUUCGUGAUGAAGCUGGCCCGCGGAGCUCGCCACUUGGAGGUGCAACUGCUGGCGGAUCAGUACGGCAAUGCCAUCAGUUUGUUUGGCCGUGACUGCUCCAUUCAGCGACGUCAUCAGAAGAUCAUCGAGGAGGCCCCCGCCAUUGUCGCCCAGCCAGAGGUGUUCGAGGACAUGGAGAAGGCCGCCGUGCGACUGGCCAAGAUGGUGGGAUACGUGAGCGCUGGUACCGUGGAGUAUCUGUACGAUCCCGAGGGUCGCUACUUCUUCCUCGAGCUGAAUCCCCGUCUGCAGGUGGAGCAUCCGUGUACGGAAAUGGUGGCCGAUGUGAAUCUGCCCGCUGCCCAGCUGCAAAUUGGAAUGGGCAUUCCCCUCUACCGGCUGAAGGACAUCCGUCUGCUGUACGGCGAAUCUCCGUGGGGCUCCUCGGUGAUUGACUUUGAGAAUCCACCGAACAAGCCGCGUCCCUCGGGUCACGUCAUCGCUGCUCGCAUCACCUCCGAGAAUCCCGACGAGGGCUUUAAGCCCAGCUCGGGCACCGUGCAGGAGCUGAACUUCCGGUCCAGCAAGAACGUGUGGGGCUACUUCAGUGUGGCCGCCAGCGGAGGUUUGCACGAGUUUGCGGACUCGCAGUUCGGACACUGCUUCUCCUGGGGCGAGAAUCGUCAGCAGGCGAGAGAGAACCUGGUGAUUGCUUUGAAGGAGCUAUCCAUUCGUGGCGAUUUCCGUACCACCGUGGAGUACCUGAUCACUCUGCUGGAGACGAAUCGCUUCCUGGAGAACAGCAUCGACACCGCCUGGCUGGAUGCCUUGAUUGCCGAGCGUGUGCAAUCCGAGAAGCCGGACAUCCUGCUGGGCGUAAUGUGCGGUUCGCUGCACAUCGCCGACCGUCAGAUAACCGAGAGCUUCUCCAGCUUCCAGACCUCGCUGGAGAAGGGUCAGAUCCAGGCGGCCAACACGCUGACAAACGUGGUGGACGUGGAGCUGAUCAACGAUGGCAUCCGCUACAAGGUUCAGGCCGCCAAGAGCGGAGCCAACUCGUACUUCCUGCUGAUGAACAGCUCGUUCAAGGAGAUCGAGGUGCACCGCCUCUCCGACGGCGGACUACUCAUCUCCCUGGAGGGCGCCUCCUACACCACGUACAUGAAGGAGGAGGUGGAUCGCUACCGCAUCGUGAUUGGCAACCAGACUUGUGUCUUCGAGAAGGAGAACGAUCCCUCGCUGCUGCGCAGUCCCUCGGCGGGAAAGCUCAUCAACAUGAUUGUGGAGGACGGUGCGCAUGUGGCCAAGGGCCAGGCUUUCGCUGAGAUCGAGGUGAUGAAGAUGGUCAUGACUCUGACGUCCCAGGAGGCGGGCACGGUGACAUUUGUGCGUCGACCGGGAGCGGUUCUGGAUCCGGGAACGCUGCUGGGCCACUUGGAGCUGGACGAUCCGUCGCUGGUGACGAAGGCGCAGCCGUUCAAGGGACAGUUCCUGCAGCCGGAGAAUGCUCCGGUGCCGGAAAAGCUGAACCGGGUGCACAACACGUACAAGAGCAUCCUGGAGAACACACUGGCUGGCUACUGCCUGCCGGAGCCGUUCAAUGCGCAGAGACUGCGGGACAUUAUCGAGAAGUUCAUGCAGAGCUUGCGGGAUCCUUCGCUGCCGCUGCUGGAACUGCAGGAGGUUAUCGCCUCCAUCUCCGGCCGCAUUCCCAUUUCCGUGGAGAAGAAGAUCCGCAAGCUGAUGACGCUGUACGAGCGCAACAUCACCAGUGUCCUGGCCCAGUUCCCCUCGCAGCAGAUCGCCAGCGUGAUCGACAGCCAUGCGGCCACCCUGCAGAAGCGCGCCGACCGCGAUGUCUUCUUCCUGACCACCCAGAGCAUCGUGCAGUUGGUGCAGCGCUACCGCAAUGGCAUUCGCGGCAGGAUGAAGGCCGCCGUGCAUGAGCUGCUGCGUCAGUACUACGACGUGGAGUCGCAGUUCCAGCACGGUCACUACGAUAAGUGCGUGGGACUGGUGCGAGAGCACAACAAGGACGACAUGCAGACGGUGGUCAACACCAUCUUCUCGCACUCGCAGGUGGCCAAGAAGAAUCUGCUGGUCACGCUGCUCAUCGACCAUCUGUGGGCCAACGAACCGGGAUUGACGGACGAGCUGGCCAACACGCUGAGCGAGCUGACCUCGCUGAACCGCGCCGAGCACUCGCGGGUGGCCCUGCGAUCCCGCCAGGUGCUGAUCGCUGCCCACCAGCCGGCCUACGAGCUGCGCCACAAUCAAAUGGAGUCGAUUUUCCUCUCGGCCGUCGAUAUGUACGGCCAUGAUUUCCACCCCGAGAAUCUGCAGCGGCUGAUUCUGUCGGAGACCUCGAUCUUCGACAUUCUGCACGACUUUUUCUACCACUCCAAUCGAGCAGUGUGCAAUGCCGCUCUGGAGGUUUAUGUGAGGAGAGCCUACACCUCCUACGAGCUGACCUGCCUGCAGCACUUGGAGCUCUCCGGCGGCCUGCCGCUGGUGCACUUCCAGUUUCUCCUGCCCACCGCCCAUCCGAACAGGCUGUUCUCGCGCAUGUCCUCGCCCGAUGGACUGGAUCAGGCGGCGGCCGAGACUUUGGGCAGCUCCUUUGUGCGCACCGGUGCGAUAGCGGCGUUCGACUCCUUCGAGCACUUCGAGAUGUACUCGGAUGAGAUUCUGGAUCUGCUCGAGGACUUUGUCUCGCCUGCGAUGGUCAAUGCCAAGGUGCUGGAGGCCGUGGAGGCAGCCGAUUCCAUCUCGGACAGCCGGCACAGCACCUCGAUCAAUGUGUCGCUCUCGGAUCCGGUGACCCGGGCGAAUGCCGCCGAGGAGGCCAAGUCCACGGAACCGAUUCACAUUGUCAGUGUGGCUGUGAGGGAAACGGGCGAGUUGGAUGACCUGCAGAUGGCCCAGAUCUUUGGAAACUACUGUCAGGAGCACAACGAGGAGCUCUUCCAGCGGCGCAUUCGUAGGAUUACGUUUGCCGCUCUGAAGAAGCGACAGUUCCCCAAGUUCUUCACGUAUCGCGCCAGGGACAAGUUCACCGAGGAUCGUAUUUACCGGCAUCUGGAGCCGGCAUCUGCUUUCCAUUUGGAGCUGAACCGCAUGAAGACGUACGACCUGGAGGCUCUGCCCACGGCCAACCAGAAGAUGCACCUGUAUCUCGGCAAGGCGAAGGUGUCCAAGGGUCAGGAGGUGACGGACUACCGCUUCUUCAUCCGCUCGAUCAUCCGUCACUCGGAUUUGAUCACCAAGGAAGCCUCGUUCGAGUAUCUGCAGAAUGAGGGAGAGCGCGUUCUGCUGGAGGCCAUGGACGAGUUGGAGGUGGCGUUCUCGCAUCCGCACGCCAAGCGCACCGACUGCAAUCACAUCUUCCUGAACUUUGUGCCCACGGUGAUCAUGGAUCCGGCCAAGAUUGAAGAGUCUGUGACAAAGAUGAUUAUGCGAUACGGGCCACGUUUGUGGAAGCUGCGAGUGCUCCAGGCGGAGCUGAAGAUGGUCAUCCGCCAGUCGCCGCAGUCGCCCACUCAGGCAGUGCGUCUGUGCAUCGCCAAUGACUCGGGCUACUUCCUGGAUAUUUCCAUGUACACGGAGCAAACGGAACCGGAGACAGGAAUCAUUAAGUUCAAGGCCUACGGUGACAAGCAGGGUUCCCUGCACGGCCAUCCCAUCUCCACGCCCUACAUGACCAAGGACUUCCUGCAGCAGAAACGCUUCCAGGCGCAGUCCAAUGGCACUACCUAUGUCUACGAUGUGCCCGACAUGUUCCGUCAGAUGACCGAGCGUCACUGGAGGGAGUUCUCCAAGGCGCGUCCCACCGUUGACAUCCGCAUUCCCGACAAGAUCCUCAUCGAGUGCAAGGAGCUGGUCCUCGAGGGCGAUAGUCUUGUGGAGAUGCAGCGUCUGCCCGGCGAAAACAAUUGCGGCAUGGUGGCUUGGCGCAUUGUCCUGGCCACUCCCGAGUAUCCGAAUGGCCGUGAGAUCAUAGUGAUAGCCAACGACCUCACCUACCUGAUUGGUUCCUUUGGCAUCAAGGAGGACGUCCUCUUCGCCAAGGCUUCCCAAUUGGCCCGCCAACGCAAAGUGCCCAGGAUAUACAUUUCCGUAAAUAGCGGUGCCCGCAUCGGACUGGCUGAGGAGGUAAAGGCGAUGUUCAAGAUCGCAUGGGAGGAUCCAGAGGAGCCGGACAAGGGCUUCAAGUACCUCUACCUGACCACUGAGGACUACGCCCAGGUGGCCAACCUGAAUUCGGUGAGGGCGAUCCUGAUCGAAGACGAGGGCGAGCAGCGUUACAAGAUCACCGACAUCAUCGGCAAGGACGAUGGCCUGGGUGUGGAGAACCUGCGCUACGCCGGUCUGAUUGCCGGUGAGACGUCGCAGGCCUACGAGGAGAUUGUAACCAUCGCCAUGGUCACCUGCCGCACAAUCGGCAUUGGUUCGUAUGUGGUGCGUCUGGGCCAGCGCGUCAUCCAGAUCGACAACUCGCACAUUAUACUCACGGGCUACGCUGCGCUGAACAAGCUACUUGGACGCAAGGUGUACGCCUCGAACAACCAACUGGGUGGCACCCAGAUUAUGUUCAACAACGGUGUCACCCACAAGACUGAGGCCAUCGACCUGGACGGUGUGUACACCAUCCUCGACUGGCUCUCGUACAUCCCCGCCUACAUCGGCUGCGACCUGCCCAUCAUCCUGCCCAGCGAUCGUGUCGAUCGGCCCGUGGACUUCAUGCCCACCAAGUCGCCGUACGAUCCGCGCUGGAUGCUCGGCGGCCGUGUGAAUCCCGUGAAUGCCAAUGACUGGGAGAACGGCUUCUUUGACCGCGACUCGUGGAGCGAAAUCAUGGCGCCGUGGGCCAAGACGGUGGUCACCGGACGCGCCCGACUGGGCGGCGUACCCGUGGGCGUAAUUGCCGUCGAGACGCGCACCGUGGAGGUGGAGAUGCCCGCCGAUCCGGCGAACCUGGACUCGGAGGCCAAGACCCUGCAGCAGGCCGGUCAAGUGUGGUAUCCGGAUUCCUCGUACAAAACGGCGCAGGCAAUCAAGGACUUUGGACGAGAGGAGCUGCCGUUGAUUGUGUUUGCCAAUUGGCGCGGCUUCUCGGGCGGCAUGAAGGACAUGUACGAGCAAAUCGUCAAGUUUGGCGCCUACAUCGUCGAUGGCCUGCGGGAGUACAAGAAGCCGGUGCUCAUCUACCUGCCGCCCAAUGCCGAGCUGCGAGGCGGAGCCUGGGCCGUGUUGGAUUCGCUCAUUAACCCGCGCUACAUGGAAACCUAUGCCGAUCCCGAGGCCAGAGGAGGAGUGCUCGAGCCGGAGGGCAUCGUGGAGAUCAAGUACAAGGAGAAGGACCUGGUCAAGACGAUACAUCGCCUGGAUCCCACCACAAUUGGGCUAAAGAAGGAGUUCGAUGAGGCAACUGCAGCUGGGGACAAGGUGAAGGCUGGUCAGGUGGACGAGAAGAUCAAGGCUCGCAUCGCUGUGCUCAUGCACGUUUAUCACACGGUGGCCGUUCACUUUGCCGACCUCCACGACACGCCGGAAAGGAUGCUGGAGAAGGAGUGCAUCAGCGAGAUAGUUCCCUGGCGCGAUUCCCGCCGCUGGCUCUACUGGCGUCUGCGCCGUCUCCUGCUGGAGGAUGCGUACAUCAAGAAGAUUCUGCGCGCCCAGGACAACCUUUCCGUGGGCCAGGCCAAGCAGAUGCUGCGCCGCUGGCUGGUGGAGGAGAAGGGUGCCACAGAGGCUUAUCUGUGGGACAAGAACGAGGAGAUGGUAUCUUGGUAUGAGGAGCAGAGCAAUGUCGAGUCAAUCGUUUCCCGCAACGUGAAUUCCGUAAGACGGGAUGCCAUUAUCUCUACCAUUUCGAAAAUGCUCGAGGACUGUCCCGACGUAGCGCUGGACGCUGUGGUGGGUCUCUGCCAGGGUCUGACGCCCGUGAAUCGGGGCGUGGUCGUACGCACAUUAGCGCAGAUGCAACUAAACGAGGAAACCUCGAAUAGCACCCAGGGAUGAUUCUACGCUAGAUUCUAAGUUCUUUUUA